UCACCAGCCAUUAUAGAACUAUUUGAACUGUCUGUCGGUACCUCACGAAAUAAUCCGUAAUUCAGUGUUUUACAGGAAAAGAACUUGUGACAUUAAAAUAACGCCAUGGCGGAUAACAACCAUGGUGAAGGCAACGCAACCGCAGAUACUAAAACUGGAGAGUCCAGUUCGGAAACAUCCGAAAAUGAUGUUAAAAAUAGCAGCAAGCAUGAAUCAUCUUGGAAGACGAAGAUGUAUCUACUGGAGCGAGCCUUGGAAGAACAACAAGCCACAUGUAAUUACUUAAGGGAGGAGAGGGACACGUUUGUCGCACACAACAGGCUAUUGAAACACGAGGUAAAAAAUCUACAAAGGGGAAUCUGCGUGGAUGAUCCAGAAAAUGUAAAGAGCAGAAAAUACGAGAAAGGACCAUUAACAAACGAUAUGUCCGUGAUUGGUUUCAUUCUUGCUUUACCGCGUAAGUUGGUACGAGGACUGGUGAACAGACUGGCUCUUUUUGCCUGGUGGACUGGAACUUGGACUAAUGAAGGGCUGAGCUUUCUUCAGAUUGAAAAUAAGUGGGUAGAACUGCAGCGGUCAAAAUACGAGAUCGAAGACGACAACUUCAGACUGCAGAAUCAAGUAUAUGCGUUACAAGAGCUGCUGGUUGAGAAAGAAGCCGAGAUUGUGAGACUGAUCGAGCGUAACAAAGACUUCAAAAACAGGCUGGAUACCAAUAGCGCGAUGGUUCACGACAAGACCCACCGAUACGAUCAAAUAUCCCAGCAUCUACAUGCUCUCGCUGAAUUUUCCGACAACUUGAGUGAGGAAAUCGAAAAAAUAAAACAGGCAAUGGAUCGCCGGCUGGAAAAAUUUGAGGGAGUUAAUAGAGAUAUAGGUCGACUGGCCGAAGGCCAGCGGUUGCUUGAAAUCGCUGAGAAAAAUCUUGAGAGGAGAGUUGACAAUUUAGCAGAUUCAUCGGCGCAUGAAUGCUGCUACUUUAACUCUGACACCUUGCAUACUCACAGGCUCGGAGAAGAUGCAACAAACACCGUCUCAGUACAAACGACUUUACCAGCUGCGCCAAGCGAAAAACCUAUGAUCCCAUCUGAUACAGAUAAAUUGAAAACGAAACCAUUGCCACAGAAAAAAUCCAAAGUUUGUGAAUUAUUUUGUUGUGGUUGUCGUAUUUUCGCCGUGUUUUUGCUUGCAUUUCUUAUAACAGGGGUUUUAUUUCAUUUUAUCUUAGUAACCAGUAGUUUAAGAUUGCCGUCCUCCCCGGUAGAGGGGUUUUAUGGAGUUGAUUUGUUUGCCUUGUGGAGCUGCUUUGUAAAUUGGUUAUUUCAUGCAGUUGUGACCGAGUGAGAAUCGGGCCAGAAACUGAUACAUAGUCAUGAUCAGCGGAAAACCCACCUCCGGGUUCUUUCAUUUGACGAGGAUUAAUUCAAAUUAGUAUUAUUUAAACGUUCUUUAUAUUAGUAUUAUUUAAACGUUCUUUAUACCUACUAAGAAAUAAAAUGAUUUGAGUUUGCUGAA